UUCCAUGGAGAUCAGUGUGUGUCAGCCACAGAGCUGGAGAACUGAAACUGCGAGAACCUGUAGAGGAGAGAACAGCAAAGGAAGCACAAGGAUUUACUCUUAAAAAACUGGCGUAACAAUACUGAUACGAUAACAAAACGACACAUCAGGUUUGUGAGUUGUAAUUUGGUCGAGUGGAAUCUAAAGUGCAGCAGAGUGUGACUAAAGCGUUCGUUAGGAAACGGGACCCAGAGGAAUGUGGACAGCUUCAUCAAUAAUAGAGAGGCCAGAGGUAUGACUGACAGACAGGGCAGGGAGGUGGGUGGGCAGUCUCCCAAGAGAGAGGCCCCAGCACUAGGGCAUGCUGGGAGUUGUAGUUCCAGCACCUCCCUGGGGCUGGACCUGCAUGUUCUGGAAGACUCACUCCUCAGCGAGAAACAGAAGCUGCGGAUUGUACUGAACUGGGCUGAGAACAUCCUCCGAACCGGACCUGUGGAUGAACAGAACCGUGCCAGAACUAGACGGACCAUGGGGGAACUUGAGAACUCGAGGAGUACACUCUCACCUUCAGAACCGCUUCCCUUGACUGUGGAGAACCAGGCCCAGGCCUGCUCACCUCAAAGUAGUGAGACUCCGCUAGGACCAAACAAGCUCACCAGACCGCCUCCACCCCACCACGGGCACCACACACAAACCACCACGAACGACCCAGAUUCCCAGACAAAGACCACGACCACUUCUCGUGUCACUUCCUGUAGCAAGUCAGGUGACAGUAUCCUUGUGUUGCCGGGCUACGGCCUUCCCCCCAGGUCACCUGACCUCUCGCACUCGCCCGCUGGCUCUGGAGUGAACUGGGUAAAGGGCGGGGAAGUUCACGGCGAUCGCUUACGAACGCAAGAAAAGCGUGACGCCGUCGAAGAACAGGAGGCGGAACACACCGCACGAUUCAAGAACGUCCACAGGCAGAGGAGAACCAGCAGCGUGAGACCUGAGGACCAGAACCCUGGUUCUCAGUUGGGGGUGACCCCGGGUCCGAGUGUGUACGAGGAGUACCUUCUCUGUCUGGCUCGUUUGGGCCGCGUCAGACCAGACCACAACCAGGACGUCACUGGCAGGUCGGACAAGGGUCAAAACGCGUCGACUGGUGACAGAAGUAAGAUGCUGGUCGGCAUGGAGACCAGACCUGGUGAUGUCACAGCUGAGGCUUCGGUGGACUGUGAUUGGAGGACUUCUCCUGAUGUCGUUGUCACAGCAACUGCAUCUGUGGACCCUGGUAGGAACACAGCUGGUGACGUCCCUGCUGACAUCAUCAACAUGCCCGUGGACUGUGAUAGGGCCACAGCCAGUGACAUCAUGACCACAGCCAAGGGGGACAGAGUGACAGUUUCAGGUCGUCCUAGGAGUGUCCCUGUAGAGGAGAAGGGUGGUGAGGGGUCUGGCAGGCAGGGCAGCAGUCAGGAGCAGGUCUGUAGGAGGGGCUCUGUAGAGGAGGAGGGAGGUGAAGAGUCUGGCAGGCAGAGCAGCACCCAGGAGCAGGUCUGUAGGAUGGCCUCGGCAUCGAAGACUCCAGAGGAGAAGACUGAGAGAGUGCUGCGGCCGAGGAGCAGCAGUGGCCGUCCGGGGGUCAGAGGUCAGACCAGGGGUCGUGGCUGGAGGUUCUGGGAAAAGUCCAGUCUCUCCUGGUCAUCCUUCACUCAUGGAGAAACGUUGCCACGGUCAUAUCUCUCCACCAGGCCUCUGUCUACAGGAGCCAGAGAGACCAGACAGGCGACCCCAACACCACAGCCCUUCCCUGGGCCCAGAACUCCUCCACAUGCCCCCACAGGCACCCAGAAGAUAUCCAAAAUCAAAGAUGCCCCCAUGUCAGCUGCCAAGACAACGCCUCCAGGGGGCAGUGAGUGUGCCCUCUGGCUGUGUCUCCCAGACGAGGUGUGGCUCUCCAUCCUGGUGCUGCUCACACACUGUGACCUGUCCAGGCUGGCCCAGGUGUGUCGCCACCUGCUUCGACUGGCCCACGACCACACUCUCUGGCAACACAUCAGGGUAGAGAACUGCUCCACUCUGACGGACCAAUGGCUGAGUUGUGUGGGCGGGCGUAGACCAAGAAGUCUGGCACUUCAUAGGUGCAGCGGCCUGUCCGUCACCUCCAGUGGACUAGAACUGUUCUUGUCCCAAAGUAAAGACUCUCUGAAGGAGCUGAGGGUCACCGGUUGCAUCGGGCCUGGUUUCCAUGGCGACCUGGUGCUGUGCGUGAUUGGCCAGUGCUGCGAUCACGUGACCAGCGUGGACGUGAGCUGGAGUGGAGCGACUGAGAAGGGCGUCAAGGCUCUGGCUGAGACGAGCUCUGGCCUGAGAAGCAUUGUUCUCAAUGGCUGCCAGGUCACCGAUGACGCCCUGACAGCCCUUGUCACGAGACAUGGACAGAGCCUGUCCAGGCUGGAGGUGUUUGGCUGCCUGGCGGUCAGUGCCUGCUGCCUGGUCACUGUGGCGAAGGAGUGUCCCGGUCUACAGCACCUCAACCUUGGACAGGUGCCCAAGGUCAACCACUCCUGUCUCACUCUGAUGACAUCACGACUCCCACACCUGCGCACACUCAACCUGACUGGACUGCACACUGUGAGUGAUGUCACGGUGGACCUGGCCCUUCAGCAGCUUCCUGACCUCUGCUCCCUGACCCUCAGCUCAUGUCCCGGGGUCACGGACCUCAGUCUGCACAGGAUCAGCACACACACACCCCACAUCAGGUCCCUGGAUGUGAGUGGCUGCAGGGAGGUGGGAGACGGAGGUGUGAAGGCUGUCGCUCUAGGCUGUAAACGACUUCAGCACCUGGACCUCAGCUCCACAGCUGUGGGGAGCAGGGGGGUGAACCUGCUGGCCAGCUAUUGCAGCGUGCACCUGCUCACCAUCAAACUGAGCUUCUGUCUGGUCAGCAUGGAGUCCAUCCUCAAACUAUGCAGACGCUGCAAGAGAUUGAGGCUUCUGUAUCUCUAUGGCUGUGUCCAUGUCCCCACUAAGAGACAAAUCAACAAUAUAAAUCCGAAAGUUCAACUGUACCCUUAAACUUGAAACACACAUAAAAAUGAAAAAUGUUUGAAAUUCUGGA